AUGAAAGAAUCCUUCAAUCCAAAAGAUCGAGCCAUUACUCGUGUCCGAGGACAAAUUGAAAUCCUUUUGUCAAAUGUAGAGAACGCACAGACGGUUGAAAUACAAUUGCAGCGAUAUGAUGAUGCAUGGCGUAAAUUUGAAGACGCACACAACGGUUAUCUAUCAUUGAUUAGUCCACAUAGUUUAGUGUUUUCCGAUGCCGUUCAACAGUAUAACCAAUUGUAUACAGAGAAGGCUAUAUUUUCGAAUCGUGUAUCAAAAUACCUACAAAACUGUGAAGAGAACCCUAUAAACCAUGUCUCCCCAAAUGUAACGCUAAGUACAAUACAGAAAGAGCAUGUGUAUGCAGAAAGUGUAACUUCAGAUAGAUCAAGUGUAUCAAAGGCAUCAAGUCAAUCCUCACGAUCAUCAACACAAGAAAAAAGGGUGCAAGCAGCUAAAGCAAAGUUGGCUUUACGUUUGGCUGAAGCUGAACGACAUCGAGUUCUCGAAGGAGAAUUUAGGCUUGAGGACAUAGAAAGAUAG